UGUUUCCUGGAUCUGGUGCUUAAGGUGAUUAUGAGUGAACAGCAGGGCCGCGUGAACAGCCUAUUCCUGAACGAGGACUCCACCAAGCAGCACAGCAGUGAGGGCUGGAUUCAGCACUUCCAGCAGGCAGUGCAGAAGCGGACAGCGCGGGCCAAGAAACGGAUGUCCACUAUCACUAAGGACAAUGCCAAAGGCUUUCUCAGGAGAAAUGCUUUCGUCCUUUUCACCAUCGCUGCUGUUGUACUAGGGAUCAUUCUGGCCUUUGCUCUCCGACCCUACAAGCUGACCUAUCGCCAAAUCAAGUAUUUUUCCUUCCCUGGAGAGUUGUUGAUGCGGAUGCUCCAAAUGCUGGUUCUUCCCCUCAUUGUCUCCAGCCUGGUCACGGGUAUGGCCUCACUGGAUGGUAAAGCUUCAGGAAAAAUGGGAAUGCGGGCUGUAAUUUACUACAUGGUGACCACCAUCAUAGCAGUCUUCAUUGGCAUACUUAUGGUGAUCAUCAUCCAUCCAGGCAAAGGAAGCAAGGACAAACUCCAUCGGGAGGGCAAAAUUGAGCAGGUGCAAACAACUGAUGCCUUCAUGGACCUGGUAAGGAAUAUGUUCCCACCUAAUCUAGUGGAAGCCUGCUUCAAACAGUACAAGACCCAGUACAACACCAGGGUCGUCACCAGAACCGUCCUCCACAACAGCACCGCCACAGCAGAUGCCACCACCACUCAGAUCUCUGUGCCUGAGAAUGUCACUGGCAUCCUGGAGAAUGUCACACAUGCACUCGGGAGCAUCCAGGAGGUGCUGACCUUUGAGGAGAUCAUUCCUGUCCCUGGCUCAGCAAAUGGGGUGAACGCACUGGGACUGGUCGUAUUCUCUGUGUGUUUUGGUUUAGUAAUCGGCGGCAUGAAACAGAAGGGACGGGCCCUGCAGGAGUUCUUCAACUGCCUCAAUGAAGCCAUCAUGAAGCUGGUGGCCAUUAUCAUCUGGUAUGCCCCAGUUGGGAUAAUGUUUUUAAUUGCUGGAAAAAUUCUGGAGAUGGAUGACUUAGCAGUGAUGGGGGGCCAACUGGGGAUGUACACAGUCACUGUCAUCGUGGGACUGCUCAUCCAUGCCCUUUGUGUCUUGCCGCUGCUGUACUUCAUCGUCACCCAGAAGAAUCCCUGGGUUUUCAUUGGAGGCCUUCUACAGGCUCUUAUCACUGCACUUGGCACCUCCUCAAGCUCGGCCACUCUCCCCAUCACAUUCAGGUGCUUAGAAGGAAACAUUGGAGUGGAUAGGCGUGUAACUAGAUUUGUUCUGCCUGUGGGAGCAACUAUUAACAUGGAUGGCACAGCUCUGUAUGAGGCCCUGGCAGCCAUCUUCAUCGCACAAGUCAACAAUUAUGAACUUGACUUCGGGCAGAUCAUCACAAUAAGCAUCACUGCCACAGCAGCCAGUAUUGGAGCAGCAGGCAUCCCGCAGGCAGGCCUAGUGACGAUGGUUAUAGUAUUGACAUCAGUGGGGCUGCCAACAGAGGACAUCACGCUGAUCAUCGCUGUGGACUGGUUUCUGGACCGUCUCAGAACAGCCACCAAUGUACUGGGGGAUUCUCUGGGAGCUGGCAUAGUGGAACACUUGUCUCGGCAUGAGCUGGAAGCACAAGACAGUGAGCUUGAUAACUCUGUGAUUGAGGAUAAUGAAAAGCCCUACCACCUGAUCUUCCAGGAUAAUGAAACCCACAAACAUCGCAGCAGCGAGACAACAAUGUGAAACCAGGGAGCAGAGUACAGAUUAUUAAACCUCUAAAAAGUCAAGACUCAAAACAAACUUCAACAAUGGAGAAUGGAAAAAAGAAAUACACCCAGAACCAAACUUUUCUCCCUCCCCAACAUUUCUACAAGAAGCCUGUCUUCCCUGUCUCUUAAAUUGAGGCUAAAGAGAAACAUUAAACCCUUUCCUUAUUUAGAAUUGGAUGUUUUUCUGAUGUUCCUGUUAGAGAAGCAGGACUAACAAGUGGUAUCUUUGUGCUCCACCCCAGACUAGGUUAGGAAUGAGAGGAAUGAGCAAUUAGAUUAGGAACUUCCUCCUCUGUCUUAUUAGGCAAAACGUUGGCACACCCUCAUCUCCUCUCUCUUAGCCCCCAUUUAACUGAGCCACCACGUUUCUUUAACUUCCUUCUUCAUGUUUGUUUCCUUGACAUGCCUUUACCUGGCAUGUCAAGGAUUAAAGACCAAGACAAUGAUCUGCUUAGAAUUAUUUGCCAUUUUGGAGUCUCCAGUUAGAACCUGGUUGCUUCCAUGUUAUAUUCCCAUCAUUACACUCUUUGUUUUUUGUGAAAGCCUGGCUCUCCAACUCCUGUUGGAAUAAUUCAGGAAUUAUACCUGAAUAAGUAACUGUCAGUGGGAGAGCUGGCCUGGGAACACACUUGAUUCUAAGCUGAAACACUAACCAAACUUAUAACUGGAGCUAGAUCAGUGACUGGACUGUCACUUGGGUCAUGCUGAGGCACUGCCAUGGUAUUCUCAAUGUUUUGUAUUCCUACAGGGACACAGAGCCAAACAAUGGUCCAGGCUUCCAUUGGUGUUUGGGCAUUAUGUUUACAUGGUUGGCAUGUACCGUAUAAUCACUAUAUAGACCCUUCUUAUCAAUGUUGAAUGACAAUUAUAUUUGUGUGUGCAUUGCAAGAGAAGUGAUAAGUGUUCUAGCAAAGAAGUUAAGGUGCCUCUCUAUGGCUCUAGAAGCAUGAUAUUAGGCCCUGCUCUGGAUCUGUGCCAAAGGAUGCUCCCAGUCAACUCAGCUUUUAAUGGGCACCUGGUCAUUCAGGCUGGGAAGUCAAAAGCUGCCAAACAUCACUUGCUUUUGUGCCAUUGACUACAGAAACUAACACACCUUAACCAUGCUAGCCUGAAGGGCCACUCAGCUGAACUAAACCUUUGACUUUUUUAUAGUAACAUAACAACUGCCAAUCAUAACACAAUAGUUAAUGGCUCCAGAGAACCUCCCAGGCAGGUAUCAAUGCCACGUGCUUCCCAAGGGAUGAAUACUGAAUAACAGAUGUGGACUUCUUAUUUGUUUGACCCAGGACAAAAUAUUACUGUAUAAAGUAAUCUAAGAACAUGGGGUAACCUGGCAAAAGAGGAGAGGGUUGACUGAUUACUGUUCUAUCUAAGCAGUAGCCUACAGGUGGGCAAAAUGAUUUACCCAAUAGAAUGGAUAACUUUCACCCAAGACUCAACUCUCCUUUAUUUUCAUUUAUUUUGUCAAAUAUUGACUAAGAGUUUUACUUUUUAAUACAGUUCUUCCCUUACCAAAAGGCCAUAAGUGGAAAACCAGAGCGUAGGCAGCUGCUUGCUUUCAUAAGGCAGCUGGCCUGUUUUCCCAGCCCAGGAAGACUCAUUGCUAAGUCCAAGUCUCUUCCAGGAAAGUUUUAUUCUAAAACUUAAACUUAAAAUGUAAGCAAGCUAUCAAACAAGGUAGUCUGUCUACCAAUCUACCCUUUACCAUUCCAAAGACUCCCUCCUCUCAGUCAUCCAGCUGCUGGAUUUACUGCAGAUGCUUAGCUCUCAGUCUUUUGUAGGAAACACCUAACCACUUACUAAUAGGGCUGUGCGAAGCUUCGGGUGGUGAUUCGAUUUGGAGGAGAUUCAGCCUGAUUCGGUGGCCGAAUCACCGAAUCCGAAUCGAAUCGGGGAAUCAAUUUAAAGAACCAAAUCGGUUCAAAGCUCUCCGAAUCUUCAGAAAAGCUCAGGAAGCUUGU